AUUGGUUUCACUGGGAAUCAUUGGUGUCUUAUUGGUUUCACUGGGAAUCAUUGGUGUAAUACUAGUUUCACCGGGAAUCAUUGGUGUCUUAUUGGUUUCACCGGGAAUCAUUGGUGUUUUAUUGGUUUCACCGGGAAUCAUUUGCGUCUUAUUGGUUUCACCGGGAAUCAUUGGUUUUGUUUCACCGGGAAUCAUUGGUGUCUUAUUGGUUUCACUGACAAUCAUUGGUGUAUUAUUGGUUUCACUGGGAAUCAUUGGUGUCUUAUUGGUUUCACUGGGAAUCAUUGGUGUAUUAUUGGUUUCACUGACAAUCAUUGGUGUAUUAUUGGUUUCACUGGGAAUCAUUGGUGUAUUAUUGGUUUCACUGGGAAUCAUUGGUGUAUUAUUGGUUUCACUGGGAAUCAUUGGUGUAUUAUUGGUUUCACUGGGAAUCAUUGGUGUCUUAUUGGUUUCACUGACAAUCAUUGGUGUCUUAUUGGUUUCACUGGAAAUCAUUGGUUUCUUAUUGUGGUUUCUUAUUGGUCUCACUGGUGUCUUAUUGGUUUCACUGGGAAUCAUUGGCGUCUUAUUGGUUUCACCGGGAAAUAUUUGCGUCUUAUUGGUCUCACUGAUAAUCAUUGGUGUCUUAUUGGUUUCACUGACAAUCAUUGGUGUCUUAUUGGUCUCACUGGGAAUCAU